AUGUCAUCGACAAACGAAGUAAAUAAAGAAGAAGAAGGAAUUGGAAUAGAACUGGCCGGAGCCGAUGAAGAACUGCGCGAAAAGCUAGUCCAAUAUACACUAGAAGGCAAUUGGAUUGAAGUAAAGAAGAUUUACCGCUCAAUCCCAAAGUCCCGCACCAUAACGGUUAACAAUUCUGAGGACACGGCGUUGCACGUGGCGGUGGAUUUGGACGAAGAAAAUGUUGUUAAAGAUCUUGUGAGUAUAAUCGUAGAGCAUGAGAAGAGUGCUCUGAAGAAAGGGAACAAGCACGGCGAUACACCUCUCCAUGUGGCGGCGUCGAGGGGGUUUGCGAGACUGUGCAAGUGUAUCAUAGGGGAGAAUGAGGAGAGGAUAGAGUUGAGGACAUUGAAGAACAAGAAUGGGGAGACACCAUUGUUUCUUGCUGCUUUGAAUGGGAACAAAAAAGCAUUCGCCUACCUCUCUCAAACAUUUCAUGAUCGUCACCAAAUUAUUUUGCCUCAUCUUGUGCGUCAUCAUCAGGAUAGUAUUCUUCAUUGUGUUAUCCAGAGGGAAUAUUUCGAUUUAGCAGUGAUAAUAGCGCAUAAUUUUCCUAUGCUUACUACACUUCGAAAUAAUAAGGAUGGCACCCCUCUCAAAGUUCUUGCUACUAGGCCCUCGGCUUUCCCAAGUGGAAUCAAAUUUUCAUGGUGGAAGCGGAUCCUCUAUCACUGUACUGACGAUGAAGAGACACCAUUUUUAUUGGCUGCGAGGAAUGGCAUAGUUGAAAUGGUGGUCAAGAUUCGACGUCUGAUACCAAGUGUCAUCCACAACACCAACUCAAAGAAGGAAAACGUGGUGCUGGUGGCAGUGAAACACAGACAACCGCAUGUUGUUGAGGCACUUAAAACAGAACUAAAAGAUGAAGUUUGGAAUACGUUGAUUCAGGCAGUGGAUGACGAUGACAACACAGUUUUGCACUUAGCAGCACAUAAACAAGUAGGGAGCAAGCCUUGGAAUGUUGCUGGCACUGCCUUAGAAAUGAUGUGGGAUAUAAAGUGGUAUCAAAAGCAACAAGGAGUCAAAGACAGCAGGGGAGAUCUUUCAGACAUCACACGAGAGUCUUGUGGAAAACGGCAUGUGUGGUUGAAGGAAACAUCGCAAGCAUGCUCUGUGGUGGCAGCACUUGUUGCGGGUGUCUCCUUCGCCACAGCCAGCCAAUUUCCUGGUGGCACCAACGGUGAAGGCAAGCCGCAACUAGAAGGCGAAGCAGCAUUCCAUGCAUUCGCCAUGGCUUCCCUCGUCGGCCUUUGCUUCUCUGUGACAGGACUCAUAAUGUUCCUGUGCAUCCUCACAUCUCGAAAAGAAGCCAAAGAUUUUCGCAGGGCAUUGCCGCUGAAACUGCUUCUAGGGUUGAGUUCCCUCUUCGUCUCUAUUGUAGCCAUGGUUGUAUCUUUUUGCUCUGGCAAUUUCUUCAUCUUCAGUGGCAAGUAUGAGAGUUUCCUCCUCUCCUUCUAUGCAGCUACUUCCGUACCUUUCGCUCUCUAUGCCUUGGCACAGUUUCCGCUAUACUUUGAUCUUCUAAUUACUAUUGUCACUAGGGUGCCUUGGCCAAGUAAUAAAGCUGACAAUUUCUAA